AUGACACGAGUCUCCGUCUACAGCGCCGCCCUCGUGGCCUUUGUCGCUGCGACGGCGAUGAUUAUUGCGUCCAUUACGCUCCCCCACUGGGUCACCUACACCGUGACAACCGCCGAGGGCAAGGAAUACUCAAAACACAUCGGUCUCCAUCGAUCUUGCUCCAAUGGGUUCAACGAGCCUUGCCAGGUGUUUCCGACCGAGGAGCUGUGUAGUGCGAAUGGCGAGCGUUAUUUCUGUUCCAUGUGGCGCUCUGUCGGCUUCCUGGCUUCCUUCUCGACCAUCCUGCAUCUGGCGUCCAUCGUCACGUUCCUUGUCAUUAUGGGUGGCGGCAAAUACAAGCGCGAAACCGGCUGGACAGUUCUCGGUGGGCUCCUGGUAUUUGUCGCGGCCAUCGAGUUCACGCUGAUGGGUAUUGUGGCAUAUCUCUACGACAACGACGAGCAGUUCCAGGUUCCUGGCUGGGGGCUGGACUCCUCUUGGAUCUUGUGCACCGUGAGCGCUUCAAUUUCGAUUCUGUGUGCCGCUGGAUUGGCCAUUUCCGCCUUUGUGCUCCCGCCAGAGGAGGGCUACGAGUUUCUGAACGACCCCAUGCCGUAA